CUUUCAUUCAGACGACCACCUCGCCACCCGGCGCACGCCAAACUUUAACCUGCUUUCCAUUUGCCUCUAUCAUGGCCUCGAUGCAGCGGACUCCUCAAGGACCCACGGUAUGGCAGAAAUGUAAGAUGGGUGCAGCAAUGGGCUGCGGUGUCGGGCUUACAAUUGGGUUCAUAUUCGGCGGAUACAGCAUCCUGAGAGGCGGCGCUGGUCCUCGAGGCGUCCUGCCCACCCUCUCGCAGUACAUGCUAAGUAGUGCAGCUACAUUUGGUUUCUUCCUUGCUAUUGGCUCAGUGAUCCGCAACGACAGCCAUCUCUCGCCGCACCUCGAAGCCGCACGACUGCAGAUGGCGUCACCUAUGCUGCGUACCAGGGCAGACGGCCUCACCCUUAUGAGAAGUCGAUGGGAUGCCGAGAGGAGACGUGAACAGCAUUGAUGCCCUCACGGUGUCACGGCUGGGCUUCGCUACCGUGCUACUUACCAUGCAACAAGGUGCGAAUAGGCUUCCAUAGUCCCGUGAGCUGUCGCGUUACUACUGUGCUGUACAAAACCACUGUCCUAAUCUUCAACCAAUGCUCAAUCUGCGAUAUCGAAUCCGA